AACCUCAGCAGCAAUUGUUUGGAUCAGUAAUAAUUAUAAGACAGAUUUUCUGCUAUCAGGUAUUUAUCACCAAAAAAAAUCAUUUGCACCGAUAAAGACAAUGUGCGCGGACAGAUACCCGCCGCCCGACCAGUGGAACUACGGUUUCCAUGAUUUGGUUGACAUAGAAAACAAUGACAAUCCCGGUAUGGCAGCCGCCGGUGCCGCCGCUGCUGCCAACGGACAGCUUGUUCCCAAUAAUAACGGUAUACCUGUUAUCUAUAUUCAUCCCCCGCCGUCACCACCACCACCACCUCCUCCUCUUCAACCGCAAAUCAAUCAAUCACUUGUGAUACCAGAGCUUCGAGUAGCCAUUGCCGCUGCUGUCGCCAACCCGGUUAACAUACAAGUGCCACAAUGUAUCAGACAAGCGGUAGCACAGGCAGCACAACAACACCAGGCCAACAACAAUCAGGCACUGCCCUACGCUAUCAAUCUAUUGGAUAUUGAUCGUCCGGGACAUUUGCUAUACAUAGCUGUGCCAAUUGGUGGCCAUAUGGAUGAUAAUCCCUGGCCUCGAAUACUAGUCCUGCAAACCGUUGACUACGUCCAACCAAUUGUACUGUAAUAUUUAGUUCCCAAUACUACCGGUGCCAAAGUACUAAUAUGCAGUUACAUCUAUAAUAU